GGUUUUGUAAUAGGUGUGAAAGAUGUUUAUUUUUGAAUGACAUCUUUAGUCUUGCUUUUAUUUUUUAUUAAUCUUCUAUUUGUAUUUAAUUUUGUGCAAUAUUACUUAAGUAUCAAAUGCUUAAAUAUUUUACAUUGGACAUUGAUAAAAAUGGCAAAUGACUUAAUAAUAAGAGGUAAAGAUAGAUUACAAGAAAUUAGCAUUAAACUAGAGCAAAGCCAUUUGGUUUAUUUACAAACAGAUGACAGCCCUUUAAAAUUGCAACAGCGUCGUAAACUUGAAGGUUUUAUUAAAGAAUAUCUCUGUCUUGUUCCAAAUGAAAACAAAUAUGUAUUUCAAGAAACUGCAGAUAUAUUGCAUAGAUCAGCAGCUACAUUGCAAGAUUUUAGUGGAUAUAGAGCCGCAACUGCCUGGAGUGCUAUUUCAUUGUAUGCUGCCAAUCUUUUGGCUCAACCUUGGAGAAGAGAAUAUAGAACGUUAAAGACUUAUAGCGGAUAUUAUAAGCACGAGGUAGAAGCAAAUUUAAUAGGAGCAGAAUUAAUGUUUGAACAAAUGGGAUACAAACAUACAGGGUUAGGAGUGCUCACUUUAGAGGGUCCUAUUGACCCUGAUAAAGUAUCUAGUGUAAGCAGAGAUGCAAUAGUUGCUUUUGUUGAAUGUCAGAUCUUGAAGCAAAUAUGGGAGAAUGUUUCGCAGAAUUAUAGUAUCUCAUGGUUAGAAGUAUUAGAGUUUCGAGAAAAUCAUGUUGGCACGCCAGAGCAAGCAAUCAGAGCAUUAAACUAUCGUUUUCUUGAGAAAAUGCAUCAAACUCGAACAAAAGCGGAGAAUUACAGAGAUUAUCACUACCCGCAAACUGCAUGUAUAGAUGCAGUAUCACCGUCGAUUCCUUAUCACAUUAUGCCUCCUAGUUAUAAUAUGUCAAUGCCUGUUUGUCAAUCAGAAUACAGAUAUAUCGAAGAUACAAAUUCGAUACCUGGAACUUAUAAAUACUUUCAACCAGUAGAUCACGGCUUUGGAAAUCGAUGUAGUGCCUAUGGAUGUUUACCACAUGGUAAUAAAUAUUUGAGCGGAGUCAAUCCUUAUUAUACCACAAUGCCAGGAUACACAAGAGUACCGACGGGUAGAUUAAUUGAACUUGACAUGCCGGUUUCGGUUGCGAAUUAUGACAAACUGCACAAUCGGAAGAUGUCUCAUCGAAUAUCAGACUUGGACGAAGUAGAUUUUUAUAAAAGACAUUCUAGCGAUGGAAAUCAUUAUGAUUAUGGAAGAAUCGAUAAAAAAUCGGGACGAUCAAUCGAUGAAAGAAAUAAUUAUGAUUCUUGGGACUUUGUGUAUAAAAAUUUAGAAACUUUAGGCUAUUCUAAAGAUCUUGGUAAUCGAGAAGAUAUUUUAUACAAACGAGAGUGUGAUUCCCGAUUGAGUAAACAAAAAUCUUUUAAACAAAAUGAUAACGACGAAAAACAUGGUGUACAUGGCUUUGAAAAAAGAAAAAGCGGAAGAACCGAUGUGAACGAGAUCGAUUCGUCUAUGACAAAUGGUCGGCAUCAUUAUCACGAUACGUUACCUUUUAAAAAGAAGUCUUCUUCUUUUGACUUAAUGGAUUCGAAUAGAUAUCAUGAUGCAUCUUCAGAAAGUCAUUUAUCUUCUCAUAAUAAAGAAAAAAAAUGUAGUCAGACGCUUCCAAUUCAACGUUCUCAUCGAUCGGUGGAUCAAAUUGUAAAAAUUGUGGAUACAUUAAAAAAUUUAGAACUUUCUCAUUCAGAAAAAGAAAAUGAAAUAGAAGAAGAUGGAGAAAAGAAUUGGAAUUGUGCUACUUGCACCUAUCUUAAUUCUUCAUCAAAAGAAAUUUGUGAGAUGUGUGGAAAGUCCAGGCACAAAGGAAAUGAAGAUAAACCAUUAGCAAGUGGUGGAAAAGAAUGUCCACAAUGUACAUUAGUAAAUGAGAAAAAUGUCUCAGUCUGUGAUGCUUGUGGUAUCAGUUUAAAAGAUUCACCUACCUAUAUUUAGAUACCUAUAUUUAAUUGUUUGGAAGAAAAAUUGCAUUGUUUUGUAUAUGUUUGAAAUUAAAAAAUGAAAAUAGUAAAUACAUUUUCUGGAUGUUAGAUAUUGUCCUAAUAAGAAUAUUUGAAAUGUUUGAAAAAAAUGUUAGUACUUAUAAUACUGAAACUAGCUGAUAUAAGUGGUAACAAUUUUUUUUGAUUGCUUUAGAAAACAAAUUUUAAAGAGUAUUAUUAUAUUAAUGGAACUUAGAAUUUCUUAAAUCGUAUAAUGAGAGAGAGGAUAUAAAAAAUUAUUUAUAAAUGACAUAUAAAAUUAUUUAUUUAAAAUUGUUUGAGUAGAUUUGUGAUAUGGGUACAUUAAUAUUAUGAUAAUACUGCAGUGGCCUACCAUUUGUUUGGAAAAAAGUAAAAAUGUACACAUGUAAGUACCUCUUUCCGUCGAUUCAAUUUAAGCAAAGAUUUAUUGUUUUGAAUGCUUUUUCUCAUUUACUAUAUAAAAUUUCUUUGUAAUUUUCUACGAAAUUUUAUAUGUACAAUUAAAUUACUUUUACUAAAAUUUAAUUAUUCAUUUGGCUUGAUAUUUAAUAUUAAAAAUUAAACUAGUAAAGAAUUUUAUUAAUAUUAUCAAUAACAUUUGAUAGCCUAAAUAGUUUAAUACAGAAAGUUAUACGAAUUAUUUAUUCUAUAGCAUGUAUAUGUAUUAUA